CCUUCGAUAUGAAGUUGUUUUUGACAAAACUGAAGACGUGUCAGUUUGUCACAUUCACGAGAUUAGAGCAAAUAAAUUCAACUACUUGAGACAUGGUCUUCAAUCUAGGCUGUGCCUUUAGAUUUCGAGAAGAUUAACAGCUAAGGAAUACAUUUUCACUUAUUUUAUUGAUUUCUCUAAACCAAAACCGCGGCCUGUUCUGUUGGUCUGCUUCGCAAUCGUUCCCGGAAGUCUGGCGAUGUUGCGUCUCUGGGUUUAGAAACUCUUAUUAUACUUCACUGUCAGUGGUCUUCAGCUAACGGCGCUAUCAGAUGCUGCUAUCGCUACAUUUUAUGCUGUUAAUGUGAUCGUUUAUAACGUUACUGUUGUAUUUAAAUGCAUGAUUGUGUGAUACAUAUAUAUGUGAUCGGAAUGCCCAACACCAGCACCAGGCCUAAGCGGGGCAGACGGAACCGUCGGGUGCCCAGGGAGGACCCUGCCAGGAAUGAGCUGGUGUCCAGGUCACUGGAGAGUGCCCAGCAGUGUCUGUUCAACCAAGACUAUGGGACCGCCUUUGUCCACUACCUUCUCGUCCUCAACCUGGCUCCUGUGCUGAAGGACUUUGCCAGUGUGGGUAGCAAAGGAAAGCCUGUAGGCCAGUGCUCUCCAACCCUGUUCCUGGAGUGCUACCCUCCUGUAGGUUGUAACUAACCUAAUUUAAUUUAUCAACCAGCUAAUUAUUAGAAUCAGGUGUGCUAGAUUAGGGUUGGAGCGAAAACCUAUAGGACUGUAUCUCUCCAGGAACAGGGUUGGAGAGCCCUGCUAUAUACCAUUCAGCCUGUCUGACAAUUGACAUUCCCAUUUAACUUUCAGAAUUUUUUUAUUAGAUUUGUAUUUGUUUUCACAUACAUUUACAUUUUACAUUUAAGUCAUUUAGCAGACGCUCUUAUCCAGAGCGACUUACAAAUUGGUGCGUUCACCUUAAGACAUCCAGUGGAACAGCCACUUUACAAUAGUGCAUCUAA